CCGAGUACAACCACUGCACGUCCACCCAUUCAUUCUGUCAGGAUCUUCUUCGCUCUCGGGACUUUCAUAAACUGAGGGAAACUUGGAAAACUAUACGCACCUGCUCCUCUCUUCCAGAGGACACCAGAGAACAGCAGUUCAGCAUGAAUUCAACGGGUUUCAACGACACAGACAGCGCUCUGUUCUCCAACACGAGCUUUCUGUCGUGCUGUAACGUGUCUUCGGUGGUGACGGACAGCGGGUUUGUGUCCGCGGCGCUGGACGAGCGCAGCGUCUUCAUCAUGCGCACGGUGCAGAUCGCGGUCAUGUGCGUCCUGGCGCUCACCGUCGUCUUCGGCAUCUUCUUUUUAGGCUGCAACUUGCUGAUUAAGUCCGAAGGGAUGAUCAACUUUCUGGUUACAGACAGAAGACCGUCAAAGGAUGUGGAAGCGGUCAUCGUGGGAUCGUAUUAGUGCGUAAAAGUGUUGGUAAUGUGUGAAAACUCCGUCCUCCACAAACGAAGAAACUCGCACGUUACCUUUAUGACUCAGUGUUUGUUUGUUUGGAGAAGGGCAGCUGAUGAGAAAAGUACAGUUAGUAGCGCGGUGCGAGAGACCUGUUGACUGAUAAUUGAUAUGAAAUAUAGAAGAGGAAAAUGUUUCAUGGACUGUUUCGCGCACUCUGUGGACCAUGAGUAAUUGUUGUACAUGAAUAAUGCUUGUGGAACAAACUGUUAAGAUUUACGUGGGUAAACGUUGCAUGCAUUAUGAGUCAUGCAUUUUAAGUUGAAAUAAAUGAAGACAUACUUUUAUACUGUAUACAAAAGCAAUUGAUAUUUAAGAUAGGCCAGUCUAUUUUGUGAUACUUUAACUCUUUAUUUACAUUUGGAAAGUUUUAUAUACAAGUAUACUGUCCAACUGCAGUUUGCAAUCGUUUUGAUAGUAAUUUGAUAGCAUGUUAUGCGGAAUUCUGUAUCAUGUUGAAUGAUAGAAACCCUGCUGAACUUUAUAACAGUGAUGUCAUCUGAAAUUGAAAAAAAUGUAAUAGAUUUUCAUGCGUCACUGUGAACUCAAAGCUGUUUUUUUCUCUUUUAAUUAUAUAAAAGGCCAGUACAAAA